AAAACGAUCAGUUUUUAAAGUCAGCCGAAGUCUCCAAAAAGAUAAAAACGAAGCCACAGCCAACGAAAGCCAGAGCCUUUUUCAUGUAUAUAUUGGACCCUACCAGGCAACCACCAUUACUUCUAUAAGACCUAAUAGUCUCUCUUUCCUCCCAAUCUCUCUGCCAACCUUCCAUCAUCAUGGAGGACUAUAACAGAUCAAAGUCGUAUUCGUAUGGAGGUGGGAUGAUGCAGAUGGAGACCUACUAUGGACCUCCUCCCGGAGCUCCAACCUCGUAUGACCUCAGGAGCUACAGUGCUUCCUAUUCACAAACCCAGAUGGGUUACAACACAAACAGAGACAUCAAGUUCAAGAAAGGGAAAAGCACUUCUGGGUCUUCUUCAAGGUCUUGGAACUUCACCGACCCUGAGUUUCAGAGGAAGAAGAGGGUUGCUAGCUAUAAAAUGUAUUCUGUGGAAGGCAAAAUGAAGGGCUCCUUCAGGAAAAGCUUCAGGUGGCUCAAGGAUAAGUACACCCAAGUGGUUUACGGAUGGUGGUGAUUGGUGGGUAUUUUGUCCUAUAUUCUGUUCUGUAAGUUUUGAUUGGCAACCAUGAAAAUCAUUUCAUAAGGAAAAUUUUUAUUAUUAUGGGUUUUGAUCAUUAGUAGCUCAUGGUAAUUGUAAAUUGGGUAAAACGAUUACUCUAUUGCCUCCUGGGUUUCUUUUUUUCUUCUGGGUUUAAUUCUAUUCUUAUGCCCUUUACAGUUCU